UGUGUAGUCUGGCCGGGACCGGGACACCCCCUCGGAUGAAUGGGGCCGGAGCCGACUGCGAACUACAGCUCCUCGGCCGGCAGCGUCGGUGGUGGCCUCGGAGGAGAGCAGCGCUGCAGGGCGGUGGGGAUGUUCUGUGCCGCGGCGAACGCAGUAGCCGGGCUUCUUAGGGUGGCGGUAUAAGCGGGCGCCUGCCUGUGCGCGCUCGCUCUCCUUCCCCGGCACCGGUCAUGCGCCCGGCGUUCGCGGUGGGCCUGGUGUUCGCAGGCUGCUGCAGUAACGUGAUCUUCCUAGAGCUCCUGGCCCGGAAGCAUCCAGGAUGUGGGAACAUUGUGACAUUUGCACAGUUUUUAUUUAUUGCCGUGGAAGGCUUCCUCUUUGAAGCUGAUUUGGGAAGGAAGCGGCCAGCCAUCCCAAUCAGGUACUAUGCUGUGAUGGUCACCAUGUUCUUCACUGUCAGCGUGGUGAACAACUAUGCCCUGAAUCUCAACAUCGCCAUGCCCCUGCAUAUGAUAUUUAGAUCUGGUUCUCUAAUUGCCAACAUGAUCCUAGGAAUUAUCAUUUUGAAGAAAAGAUACAGCAUAUUCAAAUAUACCUCCAUUGCCCUGGUGUCUGUGGGGAUAUUUAUUUGCACUUUCAUGUCAGCAAAGCAGGUGACCUCCCAGUCCAGCUCCAGCGAGAAUGACGGAUUCCAGGCAUUUCUAAGGUGGUUACUAGGUAUAGGGGCACUGACUUUUGCUCUUCUGAUGUCAGCAAGGAUGGGUAUUUUCCAGGAGACCCUAUACAAACAAUUUGGGAAGCACUCGAAGGAGGCUUUGUUUUAUAAUCACGCCCUUCCCCUCCCGGGUUUCAUCUUCCUGGCUUCUGACAUUUAUGACCAUGCGGUUCUGUUCAAUAAGUCUGAAUUGUACCAAGUUCCCUUCAUUGGUGUGACAGUGCCCAUCAUGUGGUUCUACCUCCUCAUGAAUGUCAUCACUCAGUACGUGUGCAUCCGGGGUGUCUUUAUCCUCACCACAGAAUGCGCCUCCCUUACCGUCACCCUUGUCGUGACUCUGCGCAAGUUUGUCAGCCUCAUCUUUUCCAUCUUGUACUUCCAGAACCCUUUCACUCUGUGGCACUGGCUGGGUACCUUGUUUGUCUUCGUUGGGACCCUAAUGUACACAGAGGUGUGGAACAACCUAGGGACCACAAAAAGCCAGCUUCAGAAGGAGGACAAGAAGGACUGAGGUCAGCCUGGAACAGAGAGACCAGUGUCAAAAUGGGCCAGGGUCUGGUGAAGGUCUGGCCACCGUUUCGCUUUUGUUAAUGCUGAAGUAUUGAACCAGCCAUGUACCAGAGAAUCCUCAGAACGAGGGACGCCUCAGAUUUCUUACCGCUGUAGACGCCAACGUUUGUGGACUCUGAAUGGAAACCCCGCAACCCGAAAUAGAAAUAAGAACAGUUGUCCACUAUUGAACAGCCAGUUGGGUUGUUACUUGUUUACCAGAAUAUUUAGUACUGUUACUUGUUUAUUGAAUUCUGAGUCUUCAGAGCUUCUAGUUUUUUAUCCGUGGUCUCGGGCAAGAUUAUCUCUUGUUGCUAUUCUGAUGGUUCUCUGCCAUACAGUCAUUAUCAUCCUGUGGCCUCGUCCCUUUUUUUUUUUUUUGUCACCUUUCCCCUCCCGCCCCCCCCCCCCCCAACCCCAGCAGCACUUUCAGCCAGUCAGACGCUCCAGGGAUCAUCAUCAGGAACAACUGAGUGGCCAGGUGAACGGAGACACUAAGGACGUUGGCCUGGGAAGGAAACAGUCGUCCUGUGAGCUGAGCCCUGGUCACGCUGGAGCAGGACUGAUGGGAAUCCUUUCCCACAGCUUUUUUUUUUCCCCCCUAUGCAAAAGUCUUCUAUUUUCUGUGCUUGAAAGAAAGGUCGUGUAUGAAUUGGGAGAGACGUUCUCCCUCAGUCUUCUACAUGAACCCCGUUAGCUCAGAGAUGCGAUGGUGACGCCACGAUGGCGGGGAGAAGCUGGCCCUCGUCAGCACCGAGAGAGCCACAGCUAAAUGUUCGAAAGGCUUCUUCACCAGAGAGAUGCAGCCCUGCCGGUCAGUCUGAUAAGAGUCCUGGUCCGUCAGGCUAAGGAGUAGACUGAUACGUGGUGGGUGUGGGUUGUGGUGUAUAAGUCAGGUCAAAUCACAACUAAAAUGAAAAGUUUUUUGGUUUUUUUUUUUUUUCCUAUGAGGUAUCUUAAUGUUCUUGAUGGGUAAUCUGCGGGGGCUUGGGAGGUCGUGUGUUUUACUCCGUGUAGAAACCUGCCCCCCUUUGGCUGAUCACGUCGGAGGUGUAGUUUCCCUCCCUGGGAAACUUUGGAGAAAGAGGAACAAUGUGAAUGUAGAGUGUAGGGGUGUGUGCGCACUCGUGUAGCUUGUGUGAUAAUAUUGGCGGAGAGAAGAGGGUGAAAAUCUGUUCUUUUAUUUUCUUGUUCUUCACUCAGCCCCAGACCUUCAUCAACCUCCCGCAAGCACAUGCGUUUCUUUUUUUGCACACAAAGGCCUGUCAUGUUUUUCUGGACGCAGAUUGUGGUCUUAAAUUGCGACGUGGCUCUCCGGGUCCCCGUGGCUCACUCUGUGGUGUGUCGUGUUUCCUUCUCUUUCUGCAGCUUUUGUCUGAGGGGGUCUGAGAUAAGUGUUCUAGAACCUUUGGGUCGCUCUGGGGAAGUAACGUAAGUUGCCUCGCUCGUUCCAUAACGUGGAUAUUGUUUCUCCGUCUAAGUCACAGGGUUUUCAGACUGAUUUGUCGUUCUGGACAUGGACAACUUUCUAGUGCUGGUAGUGAUUUAUUCUAAAAGAUGGUGAAUUUGGUAUGAACCCAUUUAUAGAACCAAAAGGCAUUUUCUUUGAAAUACGUAGAGCUCCUCAGACCGAUGGUGCUAUGAAUAGCAUCUGUUAAAUAUCCUCUUAAAAACAAAAAUAAAAGCUACUUUUGUAAAAAAAAAAAAAAAAAAAAAAUCACUUAAUAGAAGAACCUGCCCUUGGGGGCUAUCAGAUUGCAAGUGUCUGGAGUCUUAACAGGCUAGAACCUUACCUAACUUAGUGUCCUUUUUAUGUCGAUGAAAAUUUGUAGUAAUCGAAAUGUAUUGGUGUCCCCAGAGAGCAUUUAACUGAGUCUAUUCGGUUUUAGAUUCUGGUUUUAGGGAGUAUAUGUUCCUCUCAGAUGAAUACCUCUGCUGGUUUUAUUAACCAGAGGUUAUAUGUGGACAGAUUAGUGCACUCACCCAAUAAAAUAGAACACAUAACAGAAUGUCUCAAAUGCCCUGUGAGUUGAUUUUUCUGUCUAGUGGCCAGAAUGUAAGAAAUAGAUGUCUAAUGGACACUAGUUAAUACUUUCAUUAGAAACUUUUUUUGGGGGGGGGGGACCAUUUAUUUCCAUUAGAUAACUGGCUUUUCAUUCCAGGUUGAAAUUAAUUUCAACUUGUAUUAAAGGGGCAAAUAAACCAUUUUGUAGAAAACCGGACCCAUGUAACCAGAAGAGAAUUGUCUAUUAAAUGCUUCUCUUCUUUCUCUGGGUCAAGACUAUGUAACUUUGUAUUCCAUAGUUUGUUUACAAAAGAGAUUUGGUGUUUAAGAGCAAAGAUCAAAUAGGAUGACACUAGCGAGAAAGUAUUGUGUGCGUGUGUGUACCCGUUUUAACACCUUGACUGGUUUCGUAAAGUAACAGGAGAAAAUGGUAGAUAUUUGAAUUAUAUUAACAUAGUGUCUCCGUAGCCUUUACCACGAUUCUGUUGUCACAUUAUAAAUGCUGUCUUUUUCACUUUUCGUUAAUUUAUUUUUGAUCCUGUAUUUUCCUUUUCAUCCAACAAAAGCAAUCAUUAAUGCUUGAUAGAAACUUGCAAGUUUUAAAGUACUAGGACAUACUCUCGUCUUUCCCCCUUCUUCCUGCGCAGUUAUCCUAAAUGAAAUGCUACAGUACUGUAUUCUUCUGGGAAGAUUAAUGGACAUUUUUAAAAGGUUCUAAUAUCUUGGGGUCAUUUCUUGAGCACCUUUGCUCCCUUCUGCCCUAUUUUUUUUCCUCUCCUCAGCACCACCUCCAGUUUCUUCACUGCAGCUUGUGUUCACGUGUGUAGUUUUCUACUGAGCACCACCUAUAAUCUUGUAUGUUUAGGCCUCUAUUCUUUGGGGCCUCUCAGAUGUUUUUGUGGGUUUUUACAAGGUAUUUAUAUCUCUGUAGCACGUAUUUUGUUAUACAUGGUUAGCAGCAUUGAUACUUGGAGUGUGAGAAUAUCUGACCCAUAUGUGAGUAUAUGUAUAGCUAAGUAUGAACAUAAGGGUUAAUGUAAAAAUGUUUAUAUAUUUUGUUACCUCAAACUGAGGCUGAGAAUCUUAACUACCAUUCCCUUCUAUGUUUGGAAAAUAAUUUUGCUUGCUCUUUUCACCCACCUUGAGCUGACUGUAUUCAACAGUGCCAAAUGCCUAUGAGGGUGUGGGUGGGGGGUGGAAAACCUCAGGAAUUAUUCAAAGCCCAGGAGUUAGCUGUGGGCCUGCUCAUGGGUGGACCAGUUGGCAUGUUAGAGUGAAGGGGAGGAAGAAAUUUUCCUCUGUCCAAGGUUCUUCCUGCUGGACUCGAAAUUAAAUUUACAUGAGACCGA